AUGAUGGCUGGUCGUGCUCGCACGCGCUUACAGUCAGGAAGAAGCCGUUCAUCCCUGUCACCCACUUCACCCGAUGUGCUUCGCAUCAAGUCGCCGGCAACGCUGUCAAGCCCCCCAUCAACUUCUCCCACCCCGACUGGUGACGACUCGGAAUGGGAAGAAGAUGAGCAAAACAAUGCAGAGGAGGAGGAACAGGAGGAGCAGGACGCCGAUGGCGAGUCCGACAAUCCUGAUCUCACCGCACCGGUCAAGCCAGCUAGGGCGCGCAAUACUCAACGCCUGCGCGAUGGUCCUUGCUAUUUCGUGGCUGACUGCCAGGAAGACGUCCAGAUGCGCAAAUGCGUCUCGCACUACUUCGGACGUAACAAGCGGUGCACACGCAUGUUGCCUCAUCGCGAGUGGCUGUAUGCGUGUCGCCGUCACUACCAGCGCACGCGCUACCGCCAGGCGUCAACGUACCCCUUGAUGCAGGCUGAUAUUCUGCGACAGCAGGUCGGCCGUUUCCACGCCUGGUCUGAAGCCAACCGCAACUCGGGUCAUGGCCUAGUCAUUACCGGCUGGACGCUGGCAUUGCAGAAGAAAGAACAGGACAUGGUUGACAGACACUCUUCUGCAUCGAUGGUACCACAAUGGCUCGCAGCGCGACGCGGGCGCGGCCUCACCACAAACGACCUGUUUGAGAUCAUUGAACGAGUCACGCAUGAGCUUCGCGAACGUCACUACGAACACAUUCCUCUAAUCGAGUUCUUACCCCAGUAUGACGAGAGUAGAGCGCAGCCUGGCGAAAUUCCGCCCAACACCCGCGACAAGAAGCGCGUCGCACCCAAGCGCAACCAGAAGAAGCGUCAAGGUUUGAAGCGUGCCUACGAUGCAAGAGUCGGCGCGAGCCAUUCUCCAAAGGGGGAAAUGCAAGAUCAGCUGGAUCUCAAUCCACUGCCGUAUGGCGCCCAGCAGCAGACGACUAGCCACGCUGCUUAUGCCAACCUCGCUAACGCGCAGGGGUUCAGUCCCUACCAGCAAGCUGUUCCAGCUCGCCCUCCUGGUCAGUUCUACGAGCAGCGACCCAUCGAAUCUGCAGUAAACCCUUCUUAUGCCACCCAAGAUGACCGCUACGGCCACGCCUACUUGCAUCGCCGAGAAUCCCGCGGGCCUUUCUACGAUGAGCAGUACGGAUCAAACGCCAAUGGACUUCAUCUCGCGCCGUUGCGCGAACAGCAUGAGUACCACGAGUACUCAGCUUUUCCCCUAGAUACUCGUCCACAAGCUUUCCGCAGCCUAAGCUUCCAAGGGUCUUCCAACACCGACAUUCGCUACUUGCAGCAUACACCAACGAGCAUGUACGCGUCCACCCGCGAUGUCGAGCUUCGCCACCAACAAGCGCCUCACAUGGCGCCAACAGCCCCUGGUCUGGCGCGACAUGGCAUGUCUUCUGGCUACGUUGUCUCUACCCAUGAAGAGGCUCCUGAGUACGCCAUGUCGUCCCAGGGUCCCCAGGAGCUGUGGUCCGGCAUUUUCCUUCCCCCCGAUCGCCAGCCUGAGUCUUAUGUGACAUUUCAAGAUAUGCUAAAUGACGGACCGAGCGAAGAGGGAGCCGGUCACUGCGCGCCUGACUACACCUCUGCCGCGUCGAGUAGGUCAACUCACCAUUCCGCUCAGAGUUCCCAGUACCACGCUGGCACGAGCUCCAUCUCUUCGCACAGCGACAGCGUCGAUCAGGUUGCCGGGUACAGGCAGCGGUCCUACGGCCAGCCACCAAUAAUUUCUACCGACGUCUCGGAGUCCAAUGUUGCUGCGCAGAACUUGGUUGACAUCAGCCAUGCUCAGCUUGACUCAUGGGAGGCGGACUACAACCAGCGACACUUGGCUCGCCAUGAGCACUCAAAUCGUCUUGACUGGCUUGGUCGUGAUCCUUUCGUCAUGGCCCCUAGUCAGCAGCGCAGUAACAACGCUCACCUACCCACGUUGGCUGACAUUGUCCACCGCCGAGGGGAGGUCAAGGAGGAGCCAAACUCGGACGGGGACGACGACCAGUGCUGCCAGCAGUACGAAACCGGACCCUUUCAUCAAAAGUAG